CUUCUUCAGCUUUUUAUCGUCCUUCAAACAAAAACCAAAUUACCAUGCCAGUAAAGUUCCUAUUAUAUUCCCCUCUCCUUCUCUAUCUGAUUUUUAGUUUUACCUUUUUUACUCGUCUCCGGCAUUCCGUCGCCGGAAUUUCAAGCCAUUAGCUAGAAAAUGAAGGUGACGGCUAUGAGUUGUGUUUAAAUUUCAAAAAUGGAAGCGUAACGUUGUUGUGCCGUCGCGUAUAUCGGAACUUUAACCGUAUGUAGAAACCCUAAGCAAAAGCGACUUUACUUAGCAGAGUUUAGAAGUUAUUCCAUGCUUUGUCUUGCAAAUCAGAGUCUAAAUAGCAUAUAAUAAUCGGAGGUAUAGGAUAGUUGUUUCAGCUCAAGAGUCUUAAGAAUUUUAUUCAACGCACUUUGUCUUUGGUGAAGUUCUGAAUUUUCGUGUUGAUUUGAUUUGCUGAUCUCAUUCUGUGGAGUUUUUUUUUACAAACUCUCAUUCUGUGGAGUUAUCGACGAAUCUAGUGCAUCUUUUGGGCUUUUUUCGAUUGAGUUGUAGGGUUUAAACCUGUAUUUAUCUUUUGGAUUUUCUUUCACCUAAUUACAUUUUUUCUUUCUCAAUUUUGGUACUGAAGCCUAAGUGCUGAGAAAAAUAAGUUGUAUAAGUAAGAUUUUUGAAAAACGGAGAAGAAAAAUUGAUAAUACUCUUUUGACAUCGGUGGUGGGUUGAAUCGUUUCUCGUGUUCAUGAUCGCACUGGUCAUGCCUUAUCAGAUGAAGAUCCAGCCAAUCAAUUCAGACACCCCGACAGAGUCGAUUAGGUUGGAGCCAGCAAAGCCAGUUGUGAAAUCGCGUCUCAAGAGGCUUUUUGAGCUCCAAUUCCUGAGAAAUCCCGCCGCUGAAAAGGUCGCUAUCCUUGACGGGACGCAUUUCCACAAGGACGGCGUUAAUGGCUCGACUGAAUUUGAACCGAGCUCACAGUGCUUGGCGAAUAUGGUACAGAACUUCAUAGAGGAGAGCAACGAAAAGCAAUCAUCCGCCGUAGUGAGGUGUGCCCGCAAUCGCUGCAACUGCUUCAACGGGAAUUGCAAUGAUAGCUCGGAAGAUGAAUUUGAACCCUAUGGUGUUUUUGACGACCCUAAUUUGUCUUCCUCCGGCGAAGGAAUUGAAACUCUGAAGAGUUUGGUCCCCUGUGCAAGUGUUUCUGAGAGGAAUUUGCUGGCGGACACUGCGGGGAUCGUUGAUAAGAACAGGAUCUGCAAGCGUAAAGACGAUAUUUGCCGGAAGAUCGUUACUGAUGGAUUAGUGGCUCUUGGAUACGACGCUUCAAUCUGCAAGUCCCAUUGGGGAAAAUCCCCCGCCCAUCCCGCCGUAAUGGUAGAUUUUAUUGCUAAUGCAGGUGAGUAUGAGUACAUAGACGUGAUCAUCUCAGGCGAGAGACUGCUAAUUGACAUUGAUUUCAGAUCAGAAUUUGAAAUUGCUCGAUCAACCAAGGCCUACAAAUCCCUUCUCCAAUCUCUACCCCAUAUCUUCGUGGGAAAAGCGGAUCGUCUCCAAAAGAUCAUCUGCGUUGUAUCGAAUGCAGCGAAGCAGAGCCUCAAGAAGAAGGGUAUGCACAUCCCACCGUGGAGAAAGGCCGAGUAUGUCAAAGCUAAAUGGCUUUCUCCUUAUACGCGGGCCACACAGGCUCUUUCCUCGCACCAACCUGGCACCAGACCUCCAAAGGAGCAAACUUUCGUUCGAAAAGGGAUCAACAAUUUUCCACCGGGUGGCAGAGAGGAUAACUCGGAGGAGGAUACUGAAUUGGCCGAGUCUGUAUUUUCUUUGUCGCCUGAAAGUUCUAUGGAAGAAGAGAAUGACACGAUGGUAAGAGAAUGGAAACCGCCCGAGAUUAAGCCCAAGAGUUUUAAGAUUGGGUUUAAGACCGUGACCGGUUUGGCUUCAGUUAUCGAAGAUGAAGCUUGAAAUUUUGGUCUUCUGCAAUCUUAUUCUCCUCCUUUUUAAAUUUUGGAGAUCAGAUAUCAAAUGUGAUAUAAGUUUAUAACUAAUCAAAAUCCCCUUCUGCUUUUUGUGUAAGGGCUUUGAUUUACUAAUAUCAAUAAAACUCUUUACUGUAAGAAUAGUAUGCAGAUUAAAAUGAAUUUGUUCUGUUUUUUUUU